GCUUCCGGUUCCGGGUGCCGGCGUGAGGGGUUGAGGCGGGCGGCGCGGCGGUGGGCAGGAUGGGGCUGAGCGCGGAGGAGGCGGCGGAGCAGGAGGACCGCUUCGACGGCAUGCUCCUCGCCAUGGCCCAGCAGCACCAGGGCGGCGUGCGCGAGCUUGUGAACACGUUCUUUAGUUUCCUGAGGCGUAAAACAGAUUUCUUCACCGGUGGAGAAGACGGAGUAGCAGAGAAGCUGAUCACAGAUACCUUCAACCAUCACAACAAACUAGCUCAGAAGGAGCAGAAGGAGAAGAAGGCUCGUCAAGAGGCAGAGCGGCACGAAAAGGCAGAGCGAGCUGCGAAACUUGCUAAAGAAAAGCAAGAAGCAAACGAGCCAAGGAUUAAGGAACUUACGGACGAGGAAGCAGAAAGGCUGCAGCUGGAAAUCGACCAGAAAAAGGAGGCACAAGGACAGAUUAACAGUGUCCCAGUGAAACCCUCAGAGGAUGAAGGUGAAUCUUUGGAUUCUAACAAACAGGAAACAGAUGACGAAGAGGAAGAUGAGAAGGAUAAAGGAAAACUUAGACCCAACUCUGGCAAUGGAGCUGACCUUCCAAAUUAUAGAUGGACACAGACUCUUUCAGAACUGGAUCUGGCCAUCCCUUUCAAGGUGAACUUCAGGUUGAAGGGGAAGGACGUGGUGGUGGAUAUCCAGAGACGGCGCCUCAAAGUUGGCCUGAAGGGCCAUUCGCCUGUCAUUGACGGAGAGCUUUUCAAUGAAGUGAAGGUGGAGGAGAGCUCCUGGCUGAUUGAAGAUGGUAAAACAGUCACCGUGCACCUGGAGAAGAUCAACAAGAUGGAAUGGUGGAACAAACUAGUCUCCACAGACCCGGAAAUCAACACCAAGAAAAUUAAUCCAGAGAACUCAAAGUUGUCAGACCUGGACAGCGAAACUCGCAGUAUGGUGGAGAAAAUGAUGUACGAUCAACGACAGAAAUCCAUGGGCCUCCCCACGUCUGAUGAACAGAAGAAACAAGACAUUUUGAAAAAGUUCAUGGAACAGCAUCCAGAAAUGGACUUUUCAAAGGCUAAAUUCAACUGAGCCCUCCCCUUCUCCCCCCCUUUCAGUCAGCCUGUCGAAUGGGGCAGAUAUGUAUUGGCCGGAUAUCCCUUACCUUGGGCAAGUAACCACUUCCAGCAUCCCCACCCGAGCUUGCUGUGGAGGCAGCUUCACGAAGUCAUCCUCAGUUGUCCUGCGUCGAGCAGAAGGCAAGGCCGCAGCCGCGGCCUGCAGCAGCUCUGGUCGGAGCCAUCUGCGCCACUUCCCAAACGGCAGUUAGGAGAGAAGGAGGGGUUAGAGCAAAAAGGCUGUUAGGGCUACAAGAGCCAGACUUGCGAGGUUUUGGGAUGUAUCCUUAAUGUAUCGCGAAGCUUCAUUUCCUGGCUCUUCAGAGCUGCUAAUCCACUCUGCCAUUUCAGUUUGGCAGCAGGUACUCCCAAGUUUUUAACCCCUUCCCCU